CGGCCCCACCUUGACAAACUCAUACAAAUGCCCUGAUGCCCCGUACGCAAUUGCAACACAUUGUCCUCCCUUACCUGUUACAACCAUGGUCUACUACCCUCGCGUCGAACCCGCGGUGAUCCCGACAAAUCUCUCUAUUCCUCAAUUCAUUCUCGAUCAGCCCAGUCAAAAAUAUGAGUCCACCGCUCUUCACACGGCCAAGUCGCUCCUCCCAUCUUCUCUCACAACCCACUUUGAACAUCCCAUUUUUGUCGAUGGAGCUACUGGAGAACAGAUCGGUAUCUCCGGCCUGAGGAAGGAAGUAGACGAUAUCGCAAAGGGCCUCUUGGAAGUUUAUGAUUUUGAUGUUGAAGCGAGCGAGAUGGAGAAGGUGAUUGUUGUCUUCUGCCACAACACCAUUCAUACUCCUCCGAUUAUGUGGGCGGCGCAUCGUUUGAACGGUGUGAUCUCUGGGGCAAACCCUGCUUAUACAGCACCCGAACUGACUCAUCAGAUGCUUGAUUCUCGGGCCCGUUUGGUCGUUACGCAUUCAUCUUACUUGCCGACCGUGCUGCCCGCCGCGGAGAAAGCAAAUGUACCUCGCUCCAACAUCAUCACGAUCGAUUCCGCUCCGUCCACUGGUAUUCUUUCGUUGGACGAAUUGAUUGCUCGAGGCAGACAGUCCAGCAAGACGUACGCCAAUGUCAAAUGGGGCGAUGGAGAGGCGAAGCGUCGUGUUGCUUUCUUGAAUUAUUCGAGUGGAACUACUGGUCUUCCGAAGGGUGUCAUGGUCUCGCAUUACAAUGUCAUCUCAAACGUCUGCCAGCACGAGAAGUACGAGCAAAGCACCCCCGGAUGGGAGCCAAAGAAUGAUGUGGUCCUUGGCUUGCUGCCUUUCUACCACAUUUACGGCCUGAUCGCGCUCGUGCACUUGUCACCGCAUCAGAGGAGCACCUGUGUCAUCAUGGCCAAAUUCGACUUCAAAACCUUCUUGGAUCUCAUCACCAAGUAUAGAAUCGCGAAACUACCGCUUGUGCCUCCGAUUGUCAUCUUAUUAGCCAAGCACGAUUUGGUCCUGCAAUACGAUUUGUCUCACGUUGACAGCAUUGGAUGUGGAGCUGCGCCGUUGACGGCGGAGACGAUUCAAGCUUUACAUGAGCGUUGUCCCCAGAUUAUUAUGCGUCAGGGAUACGGUAUGACGGAGACUGCUACGACUGUUACGGGAACCCGUGUCGACGAUGUUAUGGACGGUUCCAGUGGUUGCCUCCUUCCCAACCACGAGGCCAAGAUUGUGGACCCCACUUCUGGAAAGGAAAUCUUAGAGUAUGACACACCUGGAGAGCUCUGGGUGAAGGGGCCUAACGUCGUCAUGGGAUACCUCAACAAUCCCAAGGCCGAUGCCGAGACGUUCACGCCUGAUGGCUUCAUCAAAACUGGCGAUGAAGCUCUCGUCAAAUUUGGGCCAAAGGGCACGGAGCACUUCUUCAUUGUUGAUCGUAUUAAGGAGUUGAUCAAGGUCAAGGGUAUGCAAGUAGCACCCGCGGAACUCGAGGGUCACCUCCUCAAGCACCAUAAGGUCGCGGAUGCCGCGGUCAUCCCCAUCUACGAUCCUUACAGUGAUCAAGUACCAAAGGCAAUCGUCGUGCUCAAGCCGCAGUUUGCGAAUGAUGACCCGAAAGCGCUGGAGAACGAGCUCAAGGAAUGGGUAGCUAAAGAGAAGGCACCGCACAAGAGGUUGAAGGGAGGGGUAGAGUUCCGGGAUGUGCUGCCCAAGUCUCCCAGUGGCAAGCUUCUCCGUCGCGUGCUUGUCCAAGAGCAGAAAGAGAAGGAAAGGGUGAAGGCGAAGUUGUAGAUUUAUCAAAUCUGAUAAGAUCCGAUCGUUGUCGUUAUUCCCGGCUCUCCGGGUUCCUGC